GCACACCUAGCGGCAAUCCGAGGGUACUACAAGUGAAGCGUGUUUGUGAUUGGAGUUCCUCCAAGCAAUUUUUAGAAAAUAACACAAAAUUGUUACAAAAUCCAGCGUGAAUUGUAGUGCUAGUGUUAACAGUGUCGUACAGUGUGGCUGUAGGGCGUGCGUGAGUGACUAUGUGAGUGAAAAAGUGAUGAGAAGCCCUCCUUUUUCUUCCCUGGGAACUUUGACAACUUCGCGAGUGCCAUUCGUAGUAUUAACACAGGGAGAUUUUCCAAAAUAUAUGGAUUUUUCAGCAUAUUCACCGCAAUAAUGACUAGGGUCAGCCAGAGAGAAGAGCCAGAGAAUGCUUCCUCAUUGCAUGUAGAGAGCUAGAAGCAAAAUUCCCCCCCAAAAACUUUCCGGAAAGUACUUUAGGAGAGAGAGCGAGAGAUUGUGUGGACAAUCCCGUGUGAGACUUUCCGCGUGACACGCCCGUGACAAUGACACACAAUCUGGGCAUGGCACCAUAUAGGAUGCCGGGUCCCGGCAUGUGUCCAGCAGACUUUAAGUCACCAUCCGAGUCACCACAGUUGCCGGUAUCGGCGCCCAGUAAUCCCAAAAAGCGUCGGAAAACAUCAAAUGCGGCCAGCAAUCAAAUGAACUCGGCACCACCGCCAACGCCUCAGGAUCUGCUGCCGCCACCGUUGACGGGCUACGGGGAUACCAUUGUCGCAUCGAAUCCCUUCGAUGACACCCCACCGCCCACGAGUCAUCCUCCCCCCAUGAGUCAUCACAUGGCCAUGCAUGGUCCCAUGAAUCACCAUCCUCACAUGCAUCACCCCCAUAUGGGAAUGCCUCCACAGUUGAGAGGCAUGGGCCCAAUGGGGCCGGGUCCGAUGGGUCCUAUGGGCCCUAUGCCACCUCACAUGGGUCCUGGACAGCGAAUGCCCGGCGGGAUGUCGCCGAUGGGCCAAGCUAUGGCUCAACCCAGUGGAAUGUCUCCCAUGGCUUCCAGUAUGUCGCCCAUGGGCUCCAUGGGGGGCAUGUCACCGAUGCAAAUGCAGAGUCCGAUGGGACCAAACAGCCAACGGUCCAUGGGGAGUCCAAUGGGAGGCGGAGGAGGCCCAAUUGGGAGCCCCAUGAAUAGUAUGCCGAUGGGCUCACCAAUGGGCCAGGCAAUGGGGAGCCCAAUGAGUGCGGGCGGUGGACAUAUGAAUAACGGACAGAUGGGACCUCCGAUGCACAGUCCAUUGGGCAAUGGGCCAAGUAUGGGGCAUAUGCAGGGAGCCGGAGGCCCUCAGAGGCCCAUGAACGUGCCCAAUGGAGCAAUGACGUCAACAGGGGGCCCGAUGCCGCCCCAUCCUCAACCCCCAAUGCAGCAACUCACAGCAAUGGCGGCACAGCCGAUGACGGGCCAGAGUGGGCCCGUAAUGGGCAAUCACCAGGGGCAAAUGGGCCAAGCGCCCGGAGGUCAUCACAAUCACAUGAAUCACAGAAAUCACCCCAAUAGUGGGCCUGGAGGCCCUGGCGGAAUGAAUCCUAUGGCGAUGCACCAGCACCAUCAUCCGCAUCCCCAUGUAGCCCCAGGGCCGCAGCAGUCGCCUCAACAGCAGCCGCCGCAGAUGCAUCAGCAACAAGGGCAACCGGGUCCACCACAGCAUGGUCAUCCGAUGCAUCCACAGUCCAUGGGGCACCCAGCAGGGCCACCACAGUCGGGGCCCAAUCAGAUGCCCCCUCCACAACAGCCGCCACAGCAAAUGCCACCGCCGCAGCAGCCGCCGAUGCCACAGCACCCGGGCCAGAUGGGACCCAUGGGGCAUCCGCAGCAAUCGCCGCAGCCACAGACGAGUCAAGGACCAGGCGGAGGGCCCGGCGGCGGAGCUGGGCCUCCACAAAUGGGCUCACAUCACCAGCAAAUGACGCCCCAUCCGCCACAGGUGUCACCGCAUCAGAUGCCACCACCUCACCAGAUGCAGGCGCCGCCGCAUCAACUUCAACCUCCCCAGCAGAUGGCACCACAUGGGGGCGGAGCUACAGGGGCCCUCAGUGCCAUGUCAGCCAUGGCGAAUCACGGUAUCAUGGGAGCCGGAGGGCAUAUGCACGGAGGUGGAGGCCAUAUGGGUCGGCCGGGUCCUCCGCCCCAUGGACCUCAUCCUUCCCAUCCGCCACACUCGCAGCAUCCACCCCAUUCGCAGCAUCCGCCCCAUCCGCCGCACAUGCAGAACACACCGGGAGCCAUGCCGCCGCCCGGGGGGAUGUUCGGUGGCCCACCCGGGCCACCGCCUGACAUGACACCCAAACCUAUGCCCGUGAGCGCGGGCAAGGUGUAUCCGCCCGAUCAGCCCAUGGUGUUCAACCCACAGAACCCCAAUGCGCCGCCUAUUUACCCCUGUGGGGUCUGCCAUAAGGAAGUUCACGACAACGACCAGGCAAUCUUGUGCGAAUCCGGGUGCAAUUUCUGGUUUCACAGGACAUGCAGUGGCCUGACGGAAGCGGCAUUUCAGUUCAUCCAUGCGGAAGUGUACGCUGAGUGGAGUUGUGACAAGUGUCUGUCUUCCAAGAAUAUUCCCCUCGUCAAAUUUAAACCAUGAAUAUUGCGGGGACAUUUCUCUCAUGCAACAAAGUAUAACACACAUUUUAAAACACAUUUUAAAUCACACAAGAACAGAGUACACAGUGUAAAAUGGGACGAGAGGAAACAUUUCAGUACUAACAUGAAGAGAUUACUUGUGAGGAUAACUUUUAGGGUAAAUGACAAACAAACAAACAAAAAAUAAUGCAAAAUCUACAAAAAAAAAUGGAGCAUCAAUCUGUGUUCAUGCGGUGACUGAUCUAAGAAAUAUCACGUAAAAAAAAACAACUGGAUGACAUUAAAAAGGGGGAUGAUGAUGUCUCCAGGAAAAGAAAGGAAGAGGAAUAAUGAAUGUGGCUCAAGAGAGAGAGAAAUAGGUGUGACAGGACACUUAGGACACAAAGAAUACUAUCAGAUUGUGUUAUAUAAUUAGUUUCAUGAGUGGACACACUGUGAGUGAUUCAGAAGGUGAGAAAAAUGGCAAAAAAAAUGUGAAAAUUCUGAAUAGAAUGCAAAUUGUAGGACAAUUCUCAAAUAACACACAAAAAAAAUGAAUUUGCAGAGUUCAGGCACAUUUUU